UUCUCUUUUCAUCAACAAGCAUGGGAUCCUCAGCGAUCGCGUCGGACCCUGAGCCCUUAUCGGAACCGCCACCGUUUCUUCCGUCGACGAAAUCCGAUUACCUGCAAGGCGGUGAUCCAAGCGCCGACGAAGAUGACCUCUCCAGCCGCAUCAAGUCGUUGCAGAGACAGCUAGAAUGUAACUACAUCAAACAGAAGCACGGGAAGGACAAACGGAAGAAACUGAAGCGCGAGGUUCUUCGCGCGCAAGAAGAGGUGAAGAGGAUCAUCAGCACUAUGAAUCGCGAGUUCCUCAAACCCUCCGCCUCUGUCGCCCUCCACAGCCACUCCAACGCGCUCGUCGAUGUUCUACCUCCGGAGGCCGACUCCAGCAUCUCCCUCCUGAGCCAGUCCGAGAAGCCCGAUUUCACUUAUAAUGUUUGCAUAGCCGAAAUGAAUUUGGGUGAUGAGGUGGAUCCGGAGGAUUAUGUUUCUCGUCCCGACAAAAUUAGUGCUGCUGAGGUUUGUUCAUAUCUAAUUCAAUAG